AUGAGGCUCCCUAUUUGCGUUUUUAUCCUCAUUUUCGAGGGUUUCCGCUGUGAAGAGUACAUCGUGCCUCGUCUUAUUAUCACUCCUGAUACUAAUCCAGUACAGAAACCGGCGGGUGCACAGAUUCCAUUGUUAUGUAAAGUGGAUCAUGCAGCAGAAGCAGUUCGACCUGGAAUUAUAUGGACUAAGCAUGAUGGACUUGACAAAACUGGUAAUGUUGAGGUCAAAUCUCUCGAUCAUCUGACAAUGAGUCUUCUAAUCAAGAAUGCUACCGCUGAGGAUUCCGGUGUUUACACAUGUCAAGCUCAGAUCGGAAGUCAUCUUCUGUCCAAAACUGUAGACGUCAUCAUUUUCGAAAACUUCGAUUUUGCUGUUAAAAAGGCGGAUGUUGGCUACGUGAUGCCCAAUGCUGCAGUGAAUCUCAGCUGUGAGGUCGCACCUUCCUCAGUGAAAGUUCGUACAGUCUGGACUCGAGAAGGUGUCCCAAUUGCCCAAGGGCUGGAAGAAAAAUACAGACUCUACAGCAAUGAUGCCAUACUCGAGAUUUCCAACUACGAUCCAACAAAGGACGCUGGAGAAUACGUGUGUAAGGUGUUCCAUCCCAUUAGUAGCUCAACUCUCUACAGGCGAAUCACUGUUGGCACCGAAUCCGAGAACAGACAGUGCCUUGUGUUUGCCGUUGAUCCGUUCAUUUGGACGCGAACUCGUAAACGAGCUCCACCUCUUCGUUAUCUCAGCUCUUCUCCGGAUCUCCCUCCAGGAAUCAAAGAUGAGGAGCUUGUUCAAUUCGUUCAAUUCAUUGGAACUUCAAAUUCUGAACUAUGUAAUGUGUGUUCAUUGUUAGCACUUGCCAGGCGAUCAGAGAAAGUGAGAGGACGGCUCAACGGCCGUUAA